AGUCAUUUAGAAUAAAAGUGGAUAAACCUGCUUUUGCACUGGGGAUUUGUACUUUUUUUUUUUUUUACUUUGGUAUUCAUUUUUUGGAAAGCUUGGAAAUGUAUUCUGGAAGGAAUCAGAGGACUCUGGCUGUUAUUUGCACCGUAUUGAUGUUUGUUGUAUGCCCAGCUGAAGUAGAGGUGUCCAGAGGCUGUUCCCGUCCCUGCUCCUGCCUCCCGUCUCCACCCUCCUGUCCGCUCGGAGUGAGCUGGGUGCUGGAUGAGUGCGGCUGCUGUAAGGUGUGCGCCCAACAGUUCAACCAGGACUGUGGCCCUGACCGACCCUGUGACCACAUCAAGGGCCUGCGCUGCCACCUAGGGGCCGGAGGGGACCCUCGGCGUGGUCUCUGCAGAGCUGAGGCUCAGGGCCGUCCGUGUGAGUUUGCUGGUGGUGUGUAUCAGCACGGAGAGGAUUUCCAGCCCAGCUGUCAGCACCAGUGCAGCUGUAUGGAUGGUGUGGUGGGCUGUAUGCCGCUGUGUCCACACAACAUCCCUCUGCCCCGCAGACACUGUGCCAACCCUCGUCUGGAGACGCCGCCGGGACGCUGCUGUGAGGAGUGGCUGUGUGACGAUGAUAACAGCAUCAGGGAAGACCCACCGGACCCCCGUCCCCAUCACACCCCAUCCAACCACAUUAGCAAACUCAUACAGAGCCCUAACAGCAUCCUAUCCAGGAGAGGCUCCUUUCAAGAGUGGGAGUCCUUGCCUGUGUCUCAGGUUCCCUUCCCAUCAUCUGAAUGUUUCCCACAGACCACCGACUGGUCCGAAUGUUCUGCUUCCUGCGGGUUUGGCAUCUCGAGUCGUGUGACUAAUAAUAAUGCACAGUGCAAGCUUGUUAGAGAGACUCGCCUUUGCCAGAUCAGAGAAUGUGACAUCACUCCAGCUAUGAAGAAAGGAAAGAAGUGCAGGCAAGUGGUGAGGUCUCGGGAACCAGAGCAGAUCACGUUCGCUGGCUGCUCUACGGCUCGCCGCUACCGGCCUCGUACGUGUGGCUCGUGUGUGGACGGCAGGUGCUGUCAGCCGUCCUCAUCCCGCACGGUGCGUCUGCGCUUCCGCUGCCCAGAUGGAGAGAACAUCACACGUAACAUCAUGUGGAUCCAGCGCUGCCACUGCAGCCAGAGCUUCUGCAGGGUUCAGAGAGAGCGAUCCUCACCCAUCAUCAGCCUUCACAACGACAUACACACCUUCUCUCACUGAACACACACAACACGCCAUCACGCCAUCACUCCAUAAUGGCUAAAACUCACUUUUCACACUUAAAGGACGUUCCUGUUUCAGGCAAGUCUCCUGAACUAUAGAAUGGUAAACUGUUCUAGACUUGUAUAUAAUUUUUGCACUUUAAGUGUUUCUCCUUCGCUUUGACCUGCAGGCUCUGAAUCUCCUGAAAGCAUGUCCAGGUCACAUUUCUUGAGGAUUUGUGAGAAGGCAUUGUUUACUGUUGUUAGCUCAUGUUUCCACAUCUUUCUACUUUUAUUUAUUCUGUUAUUUUUAGAUUUGAAGUAUUUUAUAGUGUCUUUAAGUAUAAGUGAUUUAUUUGGUGUCAGAUGAAUGACUUCCUGUCACUCGAUGGGUAAAUGCACUAAUGAGGGCGAUGAGAUUAUGUUACAGAUGUUAUGUAGGCCUAUAUCAUUGAGUUACCUGAUCAAGGAUGACUAGUCUAGAGACUUGCUUUGUCUUUUGUACAGUGUACAGGCUUCACUAUAGGUGGAGUGACUUUUUGAGACUGCUUCAUUUUUCGGGGCAUGCUUUAAAUUCUAGACGCUCUCUUGUAUAGGAGUGAAUGUCUAUUUGUAUAGUUAAGAUGUUGAAUAUAAAUGACUUUGCCGAUCAGUUUGUGUCACAAAAAAAUAAAACAUUU